UACAUCCAGCUUUAAAACAUUUUCGGGGCAGCGACUCGGAUCCUUACUGUGUCUCAGCUGACAUUUCAAGCGACUGUAAACCCUAGCGUAAAUUUGUCGAUCUGCGAAGAGGAUAAGCCUGAGGAGGAAGGUGCCGAUCAGAUCGAAUCGGAUCAACAAUGGCCAUGGCUGCGUUGAGGCGUGAGGGAAGGCGUUUCGCCACACCUCUGAUUUCUCCCAAUCCUGCCACUGUUUUUCGUUCUUCAAUCAUUCCUUCUGAGGAACCAGUCUUGUCAGGAGUUCGAUGUAUUUCAACUCAAGUUGUCAGAAACCGGAUGAAGAGUGUCAAAAAUAUUCAGAAGAUUACGAAGGCUAUGAAGAUGGUUGCUGCUUCAAAGCUCAGAGCUAUUCAAACUAGAGCUGAAAAUUCACGCGGCCUAUGGCAGCCAUUUACUGCCCUUCUUGGUGACACUCCUAGUAUUGAUGUCAAGAAGAAUGUUAUUGUUACCAUUUCCGCAGACAAAGGUCUUUGUGGUGGAAUCAAUUCUACAUCUGUCAAGAUAAGCAGGGCUAUGCAUAAGUUGAAUUCUGGUCCUGAUAAGGAAAAUAAGUAUGUUGUCUUGGGGGAAAAGGCAAAGGCUCAGCUGGUGCGAGAUUCGAAAAAGGACAUUGAGCUGGUCAUGACUGAGUUGCAGAAAAAUCCUCUUAACUACACACAGGUUUCUGUGAUGGCAGAUGACAUCUUGAAGAAUGUUGAAUUUGAUGCACUGAGGAUUGUGUAUAAUAAAUUCCAGUCAGUUGUCUCAUUUUUGCCAACAGUGUCCACUGUACUAUCUCCUGAGGUUGUGGAGAGGGAAGCUGAAUCUGGUGGAAAGCUUGGAGAUUUGGAUUUAUAUGAAAUUGAAGGUGCUGAGACAAAGGGUGAAGUUCUUCAGAACCUAACUGAAUUUCAAUUCUCAUGCAUGAUGUACAAUGCAGUUCUAGAGAACGCUACUAGUGAGCAAGGAGCAAGAAUGUCUGCCAUGGAUAGUUCCAGCAGAAAUGCUGGUGACAUGCUUGAUCGUCUCACUCUUACUUACAACAGAACCCGUCAAGCAUCUAUCACCACAGAGUUGAUUGAGAUCAUAUCAGGAGCAUCAGCACUGGAGGGUUAAUUGGACAUGCUACUCUGCUUUUAUUUGACGGAGACAAUAAAUGAUGUGUAGGUUUUCUUAGCACCUUGUGGUGACCAAUUAUCAGUUUUGAUUAUGAAUAAUUACCAGGUUAACUUUAUUUCUGGGAAAAAAAUUUGUUUCUCUGUUGCAAAAUCGUCAGAAAUGCCAUUUGAGCUGUUCUCUUUCGUUCUUUGUUGUACCGGGCUUGAAUGGCCGUAACUUGUUCAAGAAUAUUUUCUUGAAAAGCUCUUUGCCUUUAUAUUCAUGUUUUUUGGCUUGUAA